AUGACAACCAGUACGCCCAACAAGUAGUGCCCGCCAUGUUGUUCCUGGCCAUUCUGAUGAUUGUCGGAUGUAUUGGGAACGCCCUCGUGUUUUAUGUGUAUCAUGUGAAGAUGAAACGAAACACAACCCGGGUGUAUAUUCUAUCAGUGGCAGCGUUUGAUCUUCUGAACUGUGUUGUGUGUAUACCCCAUGAAAUAGCAGACAUGCGAUAUAACUACACCUUUGGGCGAUAUGCUCUAUGUAAAGUAGUUCGCGUAUUCAUCGUGUUCUCGUCGUUUGGGUCGGGGUUCAUACUGCUUGUUGUAGCAGUAGAUCGAUACAGAAGGGUAUGCAGGCCAUUUCAAAAGCAGAUGAGCACAAGAACUGCCCGGGUAGCUGUAACAAUUUGCACUGUUCUAUCGUUCUUUAUAUCACUACCAGCGUAUGUUAUCUUCGGCUCAAGAACUGUGCCUCUAGAUAUCGUCAACAUCAAUGGUUCUGACUGUUCCAUUUCUGAUGAGUACGUUGAUUCCCCAUUCCCACGGCUGUAUAAUGGGGUACACUUUUCCAUAUUUGUGCCUUCCAUGCUGUUCCUAAUAGUGAUCUACAGCCUAAUAAGGAGGCAGGUCAUAAAGCAGCGAAGAUUCAGGAGCAAGAUGCACUGUCAGAAUGUUCCUUCAUCCCAAAAGGGAGAUGGUGAUAAAGUGAGUAACUCAACCCAAUCUGAUGAAGUUCCAACCUCUUCAUCAGGACAGGGACCCUCAGAUGUCUCUGAAGUUGCGAUGCAAUUGCCCAACAAUCGACCAGCCAGGGAGGACGCUUCGAACAGCAGAAGGCAAGAAAGGAAACCAGAGCACAGUUCUAAAGACAAGACAUGGCUGGGUAUAGACGUAUCUGCCUCCUGUGAUGCUGUGUCGGCGAAUUUCCACACAUCGCCCCGAAGAGACGGAGGUGAACGGAGAACUUUGUUCAUGUUGUUUCUUAUCACUCUCGUGUUUGUGUUGAGCUAUCUGCCACACUUGACUCUGAUGGUGACACUGGCGGUGAACAAAUAUAUCUUUGAAGAAAUCCAAGGGUUUGGAUUGGCUGCGUUCAACCUGUUCAUCAGGUCGUAUUUCAUCAACAGUGCCUCUAAUCCUUUCAUAUACAGCUUCUGUAGCACCAACUUUAGACGCGAACUUGGAGUCGUAAUCUGGAAGUUAAAUUUUCGGGCAACAAAGAACUAG